GCUCUAUGGCAACUCGUUGUCAGUCUGCUGGUUUCAUCGAAUUCAAGCUCGACUUCGCAGCAUCCAACCACCUUGCCGUCGGCGACAUCGUCCGCUCCGACGAUUUCUCGGCAGGCGGGCACUUAUGGAGAGUAAUUUGCUACCCAAAGGGAGACGAGGUUGGUAAUGGCAAUUACCUCUCUCUCUACCUACGGCUCGUCAGCGACUCCAAGUCCGAGAAAAUCAAGGCCAUCAUCGACGCUUUCCUACUCGGCAGAAACGGCGCACCGUCAUCAUCUUCGCAUGGAAAGCGUUGGGUGCAUGUGUAUUCUUCACCCGAUGGCUCGCGAUCACGUGGGUUUCCAGAGUUCGUGAAACGGAGCGUCCUAGAUCAGUCUGACUGCGUCACGGACGGCUUCGUCACAUUCAUGGUUGUAGUCAUAGUUCUUAGGGAUAGCCCCAUGGCCAUACCCGUACCAUCUUCUGACAUCGCCGACCAUCUUGGCCGCCUCCUGGAUCACGCUAAUGACGGUUCCACCGACGUGACCUUCACUGUCGGCACCGAGACGUUCCACGCGCACAGGGCCGUGCUCGCUGCCCGGUCGCCGGUGUUCAAAGCGCAGCUCUUCGGCUCUAUGGCGGACGCCAAGAUCACGCUGCAAGGCAUCCGUCCGGAGGUGUUCCGGAUCCUGCUGCGGUUCAUGUACACCGAUGCGUUUCCGGGCGACGACAGCGACAACGACAACGAUGACGCUGAAGAUUCGUUGCCGAGAGACGACGACGAUGAAGACGAGCAGGAGGGUUAUUCCGACAUCGACCUGUUCCAGGAUUUGCUCGCGGCAGCUGACAUGUACCACCUGGACCGGCUGAAGCUCAUGUGCGCCCGCAAGCUGUGGGACCGCGUAUCGGGAGAGACUGUAGCCAAGCUUCUUGUCUGCGCUGAACUGCGUGACUGCUCGGAGCUCAAGAGCGCCUGCCUCGACUUCUUUCUUGUCGAGAAAAAUUUCAAGGUGGCUGUACUAACAGAUGGGUAUUUGCAGCUUAUGCAGAGCUUUCCAUCCGUCAUCGCCGAGAUAAAAGCGCGGGUUCGUCAGAUCUAAAUAAGACAUAGCGUGCGUGCGAGCUAUAUUAUAUAGUUUGCAGUUUCUUUAAUAUUUAGGCCAGAAUGAUGCUUUCGUCAGAUCUGAAUA